AAGCCUGCGCAGUCGUUCCAAGCCUUCCUCUUCAAUCUGAUUGCACCAGCACGUGUAAUUUUCCAAGAAUUGCCGUCAUGCAGUUGUUUAUUCGCGGACAAAACCUCCAUAAUCUAACCAUCGAUGGUUCAGACUCCAUCUUGAGUGUGAAGAAUGAACUCGCUUUGCGAGAGGGGAUUGAUGUUAAUGAUCAAGUUUUGUUGUACGCUGGACGACCUUUAGAGAAUGAACUUAGCAUCGAGGAGUGUGAGAUURUCGAUCAGGCUACAUUGGAUCUCACUGUCCGUCUUCUUGGAGGUAAGGUUCAUGGCUCCUUAGCUCGUGCAGGAAAAGUUAAGUCACAAACACCAAAGGUUGACGCUCAAGAGAAAAAGAAGAAGAAGACUGGACGUGCUAAGCGCAGAAUGCAGUACAACAGAAGAUUUGUCAAUGUUGUCCCAUCAUUUGGCCGCAGGAAGGGACCMAACUCUAAUGCCCCUUGAAAUUAUUCAUGCUAACUGUAUUUAGUACUGCAGAAAUAUUGUGAAUUGCAAUAAAGUGCUGUAUAGUUAA